UAUAGCAGUCCAGUCCAGUACGCGCACAGAGCCCGUUCCGCCUCCCUCGCCGCUCCUCCUUCUCCACGCCGAUGUCCUGCCUCCACCUCCUCCGCCGUCGCACCUCCUCCUUCACUCCCACCUCGCCGCCCUCACGCUCCUGGUCUCCGCACGCCGCCUUUGCCGCUGCCACAGAGCGCGUCCGCGCCGGGACGCUCACCCCACAAGACGCACACCACCUGUUCGACCAAUUGCUGCGGCAGUCCACUCCGGUCCCCGGGCAAGCCCUGAACGGCUUCCUCGCCGGUCUUGCCCGUGCGCGAGACACCGACGCCUGCAGAGACGGCCCCUCCCUUGCCCUCACGCUCUUCAACCGCGUAUGCCGAGAAGAAGCCGGCCGGCGGGUGGCGCCGCCCACAAUCUACACCUACGGCAUCCUGAUGAACUGCUGCUGCCACGUGCGUCGUCCAGACCUAGGGCUUGCCUAUUUCGGCCGCCUCCUAAGGACCGGCCUCAAUACAAAUGAGGUCGUCGCCAGCACCCUCCUCAAGUGCCUCUGCUGUGCAAAACGGGCAGAUGAAGCUGUGAACGUGCUGCUUCAUAGGACGUCCGUCCUCGGCUGUGUGCCUAAUUCCUUCUCAUACAACAUAGUUCUAAAGAGUUUAUGUGACGACAGCAGGAGCCAGCAAGCACUCGGCCUGCUCCAGGUGAUGGCAAAGGGAGAUGAUUGCUCCCCCGGCGUUCUGUCAUAUAGAACGCUCAUCCACGGCUUCUUUAAGGAAGGCGAAGUAGGCAAGGCAUGCAAUCUAUUCCAUGAAAUGAUGCGGCAAGGGGUUGUGCCUGAUGUGGUGACGUAUAGCUCGAUUAUUGAUGCACUGUGCAAGGCUGGAGCAAUGGACAAGGCAGAGUUGUUCCUUCGGCAGAUGGUUGAUAACAGUGUUCGACCGGAUACGGUGACAUAUACUAGCAUGAUCCAUGGAUAUUCCACUUUGGGCCGGUGGAAAGAGGCGACUAAAAUGUUCAGAGAAAUGACAAGCAGGGGCCUUAUACCAAAUAUUGUCACUUGGAACUCAUUCAUGGCCUCCCUUUGCAAGCAUGGAAAAAGCAAAGAAGCUGCAGAAAUUUUCUUUUCCAUGGCUGCAAGGGGCCACAAGCCUGAUAUCAUCUCCUACACUAUUCUUCUUCAUGGGUAUGCCAAUGAAGGAAGCUUUGCUGAUAUGAUGAAUCUCUUUAAUUCAAUGGUAGGCGACGGUAUUGUAGCCAACUGCCAAGUUUUCAACAUAUUAAUUGAUGCAUAUGCUAAACAAGGAAUGAUGGAUGAAGCUAUGAUCAUACUUAAUAAAAUGCGGGGACAAGGACUGAGUCCGGAUGUAUUCACCUAUUCAACUCUAGUAUCUGCACUUUGCAAAAUGGGUAGACUGGCUGAUGCUAUGGGUAAGUUCAGUCAGAUGAUUGGUAGGGGAGUACAACCGAACACAGUUGUUUACCACUCCCUAGUUCAGGGCUUAUGUACACAUGGUGUUUUGGUAAAAGCAAAGGAGUUGGUUAAUGAAAUGAUGAAUAAAGGUAUGCUUCGUCCAAACAUUGCAUUCUUCAAUUCAAUAAUGGACAACCUAUGCAAUGAAGGAAGGGUUGUGGAUGCACACCAUAUCUUUGACUUGGUUACAGACAUAGGUGAGAAACCUGAUGUCAUUACAUUUACUACGCUAAUUGACGGAUAUUGCUUAGUCGGUGAGAUGGAGAAAGCAUGCGGAGUACUUGAUGCCAUGGUAUCAGCUGGCAUUGAGCCCGAUGUCAUUACGUAUAACACACUUGUCAGUGGAUACUGUAAAAGUGGAAGGAUUGAUGAUGGGUUGAAUCUGUUCAGAGAAAUGUCCCAUAUGGAAGUUAAACCUACAACUGUUACAUAUAACAUCAUACUGGAUGGAUUAUUUCAUGCUGGGAGAACAGUUGCUGCAAAGAAAAUGCUCCAUGAGAUGAUCGGAAGUGGAACACCUGUGAGCAUGCAUACAUACGACAUAUUUAUUAGAGGACUUUGUAGAAAUGAUUGCACCAAUGAAGCAAUCGCCCUUUUCCAAAAAUUAGGUGCACUGAAUGUGAAGUUCGAUAUUGCAAUACUCAAUUCCAUGAUUAAUGCAAUGUACAAGGUUCAGAGAAGAGAAGAAGCUAACAAGUUGUUUGCUGCUAUAUCAACCACUGGGUUGGUACCUAAUGCUUCCACGUAUGGAAUCAUGAUAAGAAAUCUUCUAAAAGAGGGAUCAGUGGAAGAAGCUGAAGAUAUGUUUUCAUCAAUGGAGAAGAGUGAUUGUGCUCUCAGCUCUCGUCUUAUAAAUGAUAUCAUUAGAAUGUUAUUGGAAAAGGGGGAGAUAGUCAAGGCCGGAGAAUACAUGUCUAAAGUUGAUGGGAAGAGCAUCUCGCUUGAAGCUUCAACUAGUUCGUUGUUGUUGUCUCUCUUUUCAGGGAAAGGGAAAUAUCGGGAACAAAUACAAUUGCUCCCUGCAAAGUACCAAUUUUUCGAUGGAACCAUUUGAUGCACUGGACUUGGCAGAUAAGCCUUGUCAUGUUUCGGAGUUCCCUCUCAACGAUGUGGAUAAGUGUCUCUUCCAUGCGCUCAUGAAGAUUGAGCUGGGUGAUGGUGCCACUAUGGUGUUCUGGGCCGGUGCUUAGCUGCCAGGCGUGCAUCCUAUGGGCAUUGUUCCUAUUCUGCAAGCCGUCUCUAUGCAAGGGCUGACUAGUGCGUGAUGCGUUUGCUAAUGGUGAAAAUUUACUAAUAUUCAGGAGCAAUUCACGGUGGAUGCUAACACUGAGUUUAUCGAGCUCUUGCUCCUGUAUCAGGCUAUUUCGAGUUCUCUCAACCUGAGCAUAUCUAGUGCAUUUUGGGCUGAGGGCAAUUAUAAUGAAAUCGAUGGACUAUUUUACGUUAUCAAGCUAUUUGGUUUUCUCUGAACCUCCAGCACCAACAACUUGCAAUGAUGGAGAGAUUUUAAUGAUUAUACUACCUGAACCAAAACUCGAGCUAUUGAAACGUGUGUAUAUGAACUCUGAACCUUCAUUCAAUCUCCUGUACAUCCUCCAGUUUAUGAUGAAUGAAAAAUUGCUGUAAGAGAAGACAAGAAUGAGCAAGGCGACCUCAAUCGCCACCAUGAGAGGAGCAGGGGUGGAGGCUGCUCUUGGGUACGAGAGGAGCACAGCAGGGAAUUGUUCAGAGGGUAGGCCAAGGGACGCCGAGUCGAGUCAGCCGUCAGAUAGAGCGAACACGUUCAUGGCUUUCUGUGAUUUUCCUGGCUGAUUUGGGUGUGAAUCGCGCGUUCGUCCUGUAAAACACGGCGCCGCAGAGGCUUACCCGCACCCAGACGUCGACCUCAAGAAGCUGCGCCAGCUCAUCCUCGAGGUCCGACGACCCCAGGCCUGACCUCGAUGAGUGCCCAAUCUGCUUCCCGUUCUAUCCGAGCCUUAGUUGGUCAAGUGCUGCCCAACUGGUUUUUGUGGAUCGUGCUGAUCGUUCUGGGGCAUUGGAGUGGGCCAACUACCUGACGACAGGCAAGAUCGAGGUGCUGUCCGUGUAGUGGUUGCUCGGCCGCGACCAUGGGGUGAGGCUCCUUUUCUUUUUAUUUUUGUGAUCGUUUGAUUGUUCAGAAGAUAGGUUAGAUUUUUUGUGGCAUAUCAUUAUGUUUUGUCUGUUUGUGUAUUCCUUUUCCUAUUUUAUUAUUGGCUGUGUGACGAGAAGUCAGAGCGACAAAUCUGAAGCGACUCCUCCCUGGUAAGUUCCAUGUACUGGGAUUUUACUUAUUGAUUUUUUUCUCUAAAUGGUAGAAUGAUACUUCUUCUGAUAUUGUAUUCUAGAACAAUCCUAUGUUUUGUUCUUGUUACUAUAGAAGUGCAUCCCCCUUUUAUUCUGAUAGCAAGAUGCUCUUUAUUUUCAAUGCAAAUAAAUGAUUACUGGAGCCCAUGUAUAUUGUACAGCAAUGCAGUAUGUGGUGUUAUUUUUCAUUUUUUAUAGAUAGUGGUAAAAAUGAAAUCUGAUCCAAAGUAUGUGGUGUACAAUUCAUGGAAAACCUUACUGGGUUGAUAACAAUUAAAUUUGAUUUAGUACUACCUGAAGAGUUCUUUAUUUGUGCUUUAUAAAGUCAGAUUAAUUUUCAUUUUUUAGUUGUAUGCUUUGUAGAUCAGUAUACUGACGAAUGGUGCCUCGGCGUUUUAGUUUAUUAUCUGGUCUUUCACACCCAUUAACAGUGAACUCAUUUGAAGGUUGGAGAGUCUACCCCGGAAUCAUUUGAGAUCGUCGCACGAGUUUCUUCUGAAGCUGUGAGAUCUGGGACGGUGGAUACAUUGAGUUCGAAGAAAAAUCAGCCACUUCAUCCACGAUGACGCACUCAUCCACUAGGUACUGAUCUUGGUGUCGAUUCCUACCUCUAGCUUCUGUUGACACAACUUCAGUUGGUCACAUGUUUCUUGGUUGUUGAAGUAUGCUUGGUGGUUCUUCGUUGAGGGUUGAGAUGGACCAUGCACUGGGUACACUCUUUGAUGAUUUUGUCGGCAUCCAACUGUUCUCGAAUUGGUUAUCUUCUCUUAUCUCUCCAUGUGCUUCAUCUUCUCUUAUCUCUCCAUGUGCUUCUUAAUUUUCUUGUGCAAUGAAUGCUGAAUUUAGACAGCAGUGAUUUGUUUGUGCAGUCCAUGCUUUGACAUUGAAAAUGUGAAGAUGGAAUUAUGAGGUUUGGACCGUGAUGGUGGUUGAUUAAUUUUUAUUCUGGGCAUUACAUUAUUAAUAUGAACUAUAGUUACAAUUGUUGAACUACACUAUUUUGUCUGCUAAAUUCUGGGCAUUGGGUCCAAUCUAUAUAUAGCUAAUAAGAUGAUUAUUUAAUUUUUCCAUUGGACGUGGAAUUUACCAUAUGUGGCUACUUUCAGGUUAGUAAGUUUUGUUCUUCAUUAUAGCAUGGACUCUUGUUUCUCAGUAGUAUAUGCUUAAUUUGCUCUUACUGGAGACAAAAAAUUCCCUCAAACUGCAAGGAAUGAUGUAAUAUAAGAGGAGAAUUAGAUCUGUCUCACACCUCGCCUUCAAUAAUAAGAUAAGUGGUGGAUUUUUAUGGGAAUUUUCUGGAGAAAAUAUUAGGUGGGGAUUUGAAAUUGGAAAUGAAAAGGGUGUGGAAUGCCAAGUGAUGUCUCUGUUUGUUAUAAGCUGCCUUGUCAUACUAAAUGCAUGUUUUCUCCUGUUGUAAUACACAUAUUGAUCUUCUACUUUUCUGAUCAAACUGGGAAUCAUACUAUUCUUUUUUUGUCCAGUACACCCCACUAAUUAGAAAACCAGAAAUGUUGGCUACAAUUCCAACGGGCCAGGCCAGGUGGGCCCAGCCGCCACUCAACAAGGCGGCCGCCGCUGCCGCUGCCGCUCCCAGGCCGACAGCUACAGCUACACACGGGCCCAGCAGGCGGGCCAUGCCGCCACUACAUGAGGUGGCAGGACUGUAGCUGGUGCAUGCGCUCCCACAGCCUCGGCUGUUGCAGACGACGCUGAUUACUGCGGCCAAAGACGCUGAUUGCUGCGGCCAACGGGACAGAUUCCCACGUGCGGGAAUCCGAUGCCUUGGUUUGCUUUCUGCCACAAGUUACGAUGCUCUGGAAUCAGAUUCCCGCCUAAACUUUGACGUCUUGUGUACUGAUUCAUACACAGACGACACUGAUUAAAGUACUGCAUGAUUAAAACAGGGAAGAGGCUCGUCGUGUGGAGGAGUAGGAACGACAGUGAAAGGAGGCUCGUGAGGCAGAGAGACAGAGAAAAAAAGAAAGGGCUCGUGAGGCCAAGGAUGUAUCUAAUUUCAGUUGUACCGUGUCGUAAAGAAAAAAAAUAUAGUUUUGGCAUAAAAUGUGGCAUUUUCUUGCCGCCAUUUUUUGCCCGCCAAAAAUUAUUUCCGUCA